GAGAGCUCCUUUUCUCUUCUAUUGAAAGUCAGAGUUGGCCCAGGGGAAGAGAGCACACACAUCUCCGCACAAUGCUACCAGCAUCCAGCCUUCCGCCGUGGGGGAAUCAUCGCUCCUUUUAAGAGACACUAAAAACACUCUGCUACUUUUUUUUCCUUUUUUUUUUGCGGGCUUUGUUUUUCUACCUUCCUCCUCCCCCGGUGAAUGCGGUGCAAAGGCAGCGGAGACCUCCGAAUCACGCAAUGUUGGGAUGGACCGCGCACACUAUUUUGACUCGCCCUCUCCAAGCGGACUAUGAGGUCCUCGCUCCGAGCGAAACUUUGUCGGAUUCCGCCGCCGUCGUCGUCGCCGUCUUUCGGGGAGACACACUCGAGAAGUGGGAAUCGCUGAGCAGCGCGCCGUCCCCGCAAGAUGGCCUCGGCUGCUAGUGCGCCCCCCGAGCCGGGGACAGGAGAACCCGGCCGGCCGAGGCUAACGCGGAGGACCCGGAGGAGCUCCAGCCGCGACCCGCCGCCGCCUCCUCCGCCGCUGCCGCCGGAUUUGGACUACCUGCAGCGGCCGAGCUACUGCGACGCGGGCUUCGCUUUGGAACAGAUCUCCCAGGGGAAGGCGACCGGGAGGAAAGCGCCGCUAUGGCUGAGAGCAAAGUUCCAGAGACUUUUAUUCAGGCUGGGCUGUUACAUACAAAAGAACUGUGGAAAGUUUUUAGUGGUGGGCCUCAUGAUUUUCGGCGCUUUCGCGGUGGGCCUACGAGCAGCUAAUUUGGAGACGGAUGUGGAGAAACUGUGGGUAGAAGUGGGCGGGCGUGUGAACCAGGAACUGAGGUACACGCGUCAGAAGAUCGGCGAAGAGGCCAUGUUCAACCCUCAGCUCAUGAUUCAGACGCCGCGGGACGAGGGAGCCAGCAUUUUGACGGUGGAGGCACUGUUGCAGCACCUGGAGUCAGCCAUACGAGCCAGCAGAGUUCAUGUCUACCUUUAUCACCGGCAAUGGAAAUUAGAACACUUAUGCUACAAAUCAGGAGAACUAGUCACGGAAACCCAUUUUAUGGAUCAGAUCAUAGAAAAGCUUCAUCCUUGUCUCAUCAUCACACCUCUCGACUGUUUCUGGGAAGGAGCCAAGCUUCAUUCUGGAAUGGUCUAUCUUCCUGGUAAAGACCCUCUGCAGUGGACCAACUUUGACCCCAAGGAGUUCCUUGACGACUUACGACGGGACCACUUCCCGGUAGACAGCUUUGAAGAGAUGUUGGCAAAAGCCGACGUUGGACACGGCUACAUGGAUCGCCCCUGUCUGAAACCCUCCGACCCCGACUGCCCCCUCACUGCACCCAACAAGAACUCCACCAAGCCUUUAGAUGUGGCUUGGGCCCUGAACGGCGGCUGCUAUGGGCUGUCCAGAAAGUACAUGCACUGGCAGGAGGAACUGAUUGUAGGCGGGACCACCAAGAACGGCAGCGGACCCCUGCUCAGCGCCCAGGCCUUACAGACCAUGUUCCAGCUGAUGACGCCCAAGCAGAUGUUUGAGCACUUUCGGGGCUACGAGGAGGUUUCCCACAUCAACUGGAAUGAGGAGAAGGCUGCAGCCAUUCUGGAAGCGUGGCAGAGGAGAUAUUCAGAGGUUGUGUUGAAUAGCGUGGCAGCCAACUCAUCCCAGAAGGUCUUGUCUUUCACUACCACCACUCUCGAGGACAUUCUCAAGUCUUUCUCGGACAUCAGCGUCAUUCGUGUGGCCAGCGGUUACUUACUAAUGCUGGCCUAUGCGUGUCUGACCAUGCUGCGGUGGGACUGUGCAAAAUCUCAGGGAGCCGUAGGGUUGGCGGGCGUCCUGCUGGUGACGCUGUCAGUGGCGGCAGGUUUGGGACUCUGCUCUCUCUUGGGCAUCUCCUUCAAUGCGGCCACCACACAGGUGCUGCCAUUUUUGGCUCUGGGUGUUGGUGUGGACGACGUCUUUCUCCUUGCGCAUGCCUUCAGUGAGACAGGACAGAACAAGAGGAUCCCAUUUGAGGACCGCACGGGCGAGUGUCUGAAGAGGACCGGGGCCAGCGUGGCGCUCACGUCCAUCAGCAAUGUCACCGCGUUCUUCAUGGCGGCCCUCAUUCCCAUCCCUGCAUUGCGAGCCUUUUCUCUGCAGGCUGCAGUGGUUGUAGUGUUUAACUUCGCCAUGGUCCUGCUCAUCUUUCCCGCCAUCCUUAGCAUGGAUCUUUACCGACGAGAAGACAGACGCUUCGACAUUUUCUGUUGCUUCUACAGCCCGUGCGCCAACCGCGUGAUCCAGAUCGAGCCUCAGGCGUACCUGAGUGGAUCCGACGGGAGUCACUACAGUCCACCACCAUCCUACUGCACGGGCCCGCCUUCAUACUGUACACCUCCCCCCGGCUACAGCAGCCCGCCGCCUUCCUACAGCAGCCACGGCUUCGCCCAGCAGACCCAGAUCACCAUGCAGUCCACCGUGCAGCUCAGGACCGAGUAUGACCCGCGCACGCAGGCUUUUUACACCACCGCCGAGCCCAGAUCGCAAAUCUCUGUGCAGCCCAUCAACACGUCUCAUAACAGGAACAACCCUCAUAGUGACUAUUACAGCCACAACAACAAUAAUAAUAGCGGGAGGCGGAGUCACGUUGCAUCACGGCAUCAUCAUCCCGGCACUGCACCACAGGAGUCUGCUGCAGGAAGUAGCCAGAUCCCAGAGAAUAACAGCUCUACACGGGACCUGCUGUCUCAAUACAGGGAGGUUUCGCUGGGCAUAAGGUGCAUGGAGCCUCCCUGCACCCGCUGGACUCUGGCGUCUUUUGCCGAGAAGCACUACGCUCCGUUCCUUCUGCAGUCCACCACUAAGGUGGUGGUGAUCGCGCUUUUCCUCUGCUUGCUGGGAGUCAGUCUGUACGGGACCACCCAAGUAAGGGACGGCCUGGAGCUGACGGACAUUGUGCCGCGAGAAACCAGCGAAUACGAUUUUAUCGGCACCCAGUUCAAGUUCUUCUCCUUCUACAACAUGUACGUGGUGACGCAGCGGGCCGAAUACGCUCAGAACCAGCCUCUGCUGCACCAGCUGCACCACAAGUUCGGUACUGUCCGCUAUGUGCUCAAGGAGGACAACGGGCAGCUGCCCCCCAUGUGGCUUCACUACUUCAGGGACUGGCUGCAAGGUCUGCAGCAGGCAUUCGACAAGGACUGGGAGGCGGGCCGCAUCACUCUCAACAGCUACAAAGACGGCUCUGACGACGGCGUCCUGGCUUAUAAACUUCUGGUGCAAACAGGACGCAGAGACAAGCCCAUAAACUUCAACCUGCUGACCCGUCACAGGCUUGUGGACGCAGACGGGCUCAUUAACCCCGGGGCCUUCUACAUCUACCUGACAGCUUGGGUCAGCAAUGACCCGGUGGCAUACGCCGCGUCGCAAGCCAACAUCCGCCCGCACCCUCCUGAGUGGCUCCACGACCGCACCGACUCCAUGCCCGAGACGCGCCUCAGCAUCCCGGCCGCCGAGCCCAUCGAAUACGCACAGUUCCCCUUCUACCUCAACGGGCUCCGAGAGACGCCGCAAUUUGUGGAGGCCAUCGAGAGUGUGCGGGCCAUCUGCAGCAACUAUAGCCGACAAGGCCUUCCCUCCUACCCCAACGGCUACCCGUUCCUCUUCUGGGAACAGUACGUUAGUCUGCGCCACUGGCUCCUGCUGUCCAUCAGCGUGGUGCUGGCCUGCACUUUUCUGGUCUGCGCCCUCUUCCUGCUCAACCCUUGGACGGCCGGCAUCAUUGUGCUGGUGCUGUCUCUCAUGACAGUGGAGCUGUUUGGCUUCAUGGGGCUGAUGGGAAUCAAGUUGAGUGCCGUCCCUGUGGUCAUUCUUAUUGCCUCUGUGGGCAUCGGGGUUGAGUUCACUGUCCAUGUGGCGCUGGCCUUCCUGACAGCAAUAGGGGACCGUCACAAGCGGGCAGUGCUGGCACUGGAGCACAUGUUUGCACCGGUGCUAGACGGGGCUUUCUCUACGUUGCUGGGUGUUCUGAUGCUGGCAGGAUCGGAGUUUGACUUCAUCGUCCGGUAUUUCUUUGCAGUAUUGGCCAUCCUAACAGUGCUAGGGGUUCUGAACGGAUUGGUCCUUCUUCCAGUGUUGCUGUCCUACUUUGGGCCCUAUCCUGAGGUGUCUCCAGUGGAUGGACGCUGCAGGUUACCCACCCCCGACGCCCCCUCCCACGUGGUCCACUUCUCGGUCCGACCUCAGCCCACAGCGUCUGCCUCGAUCACCUCAGGCGCCGCCUCGGACUCCUCAGAUUCCGAGUACAGCUCCAACAGCAGCGCGUCGGGCGUUAGCCAAGAGCUGCAGAGCUACAACACGCCCUCUCAUAGAGGACAAGCGGGAGGGGAGCAGCAGCAGUACCGCCUCCACACCAGCAGGAGCAGAAUAGGCAGGACAGAGGAGGAAAGGAGGGCAGGAUCAGGACACAGGCGCUCAGCCAGGCAGCCCGAGCCUGCAGCCUUUAGGACGUUGUCGGGUUCUCAGGGUUGUAAUGCGGGGCCACCACCCAGCACCACUCACCGUAACAGGGACCCUAAGGGCCAGCCGUCCCGGCAUGCCCAACCCCCACCCCGCCCACGCACGGACGCUUUUGAAUCCUCCACUGAUGCCGGAGGCCACUUCGGCGCUCACAGCCACAGAGAACAUUCUGCAGGCCAUCGAGGGCGCCCCCCCACUCACCACCACCCCAACCCUUACGGCCAGCCCAUCACCACGGUGACAGCGUCAGCCUCCGUCACUGUCGCCGUCCACCCCCCAGCCGGCUCCUCUUACCCGGGAUACACUGCAACGGACAGUUACUGCCAGGAGGAGCCCCCCUUUCAAGACCCCCAUGUGCCUGUGGACCCCCGCACAGGUGAAGCCGAGGUGGAGGCCAUGGAGCUCCAGGAUCUGGAGUUUGAGGAAACUGAAAGCAACAGAGGGAGGCGGGCCAGCUGAGUGACGCUGUGUGCGCAUGGCAUGGCUCGGUCCGGCCCGGUCCGCCUCUGGUCCUCAUCAGCCUCCAGUGUUCCCGUCAUGGUGCUCAUUGUUACUGUAACUCCAUGGUCGCUUGUCCUAAAUAUGUCUGUCUAUAUUUAAAAAGUUGUAUAUACAUAUGUACAUAUGAAAAAAAAAAACAAAGUAACAGACUGGGGCUGCCAUAUUUGAUGGCGUGUGUGUGUGUGUGUGUGUGUGUGUGUGUGUGUGUGUGUGUGUGUGUGUGUGUGUGUGUGUGUGUGUGUGUGUGUGUGUGUGUGUGUGCGCGUGCGUGCGUGCGUGCGUGCGUGCGUGCGUGUGAUAGAGGUUUAUUUACUGUUCACUCCUCUGAAUCGAUGCCAAUUUGGAAGAUUCAUUAGGUCACUGCUCACAAUAUGUUGAUAACAUCGUACAAUUUGAACUAUGCAAAUGUAUAACGGAGUGGAAGGUGUGAGUGUGUUUGUGUAUAUAGAGUAACACAAUGUCAUUGAACGCACUAGGGAUGGGCACUAUUGAGGGAAAUAUAUAUAUCUUUUUUUUUUUUAAAUAUUUACGCUCAUGGUGUUAUGACCUCCUAAAUCCGUGCCAGAGCAGAAUAGUGUGAGUUUAGCUCGACUUCCUCUAAUUUUUUACCCAAGUAACACGUUAAAUAAAAUUUGCCAGGCAAGUACCACCAUUUUCCUUUGCAAGUAAAAUGUAAUUUCAAAGUAAAUGUUAUUAAUUAUUUAGUGUUUUUACAGUAAUUUAUCUAAUUUAUCUUGGCCUGAGCCAUAAAUCAGUUGAUCCAACGAUAAAUGAGAAUGAAACCGAUAACUUUUGAUAAAUUGCCGUGUUUGUGUGUGAUUGUUUUCUCCGUCUCUCACUUUCCAAACGGUGAGCAAGAGGGUUCACUCUGUGCAUUGCUCUCAGCACCUGAGCGCAUUUACUAUAUUUUCCAGACUAUAAGGAGUAUCCACUAAUGUUUUCAUAUACUGGCCGCACCGGACUAUAAUUCACAGAUUCAUAUCAAUUCGUUGUGAAUUGAGAUAUUUACAUGGAAAGACUUUGUAAAUGUGUAUUUCUCUACCUUUAUUGUUUCCAAACAGUGCCUGAAACACAGCAGUAAAACUGAUGAUCAAGCAAAACAGAAAACGUAUUCAUCUUUUAUGAGAUGAAUACGAUUUUAUCCUUUGGUAAUAAGGUUCAAGAUAUUUAUCAGAAAUAGUUUUCCUUGUACUUCGAGCUUGAACUGUUUUUUAAAAUAGAUAAUUUUAGUACAUUGUUUGAUUUCUUUGCUUUCGUCCUUUCCAUUUAUCAGCCGCACCUUUGUAUAAGCCGCAGGACUCAAAGCUUGGGGAAAAAAGUACCGUAGCGGUGUAUAAUCUGUAAAAUAUGGAAUUCAGGAAUCGAAUUAAAUGAACAGAGUGAACCCUCUUGUCAGUAAUCCACAAUAUUUGUCACUCUUUGUGGAGAGAGGAGAGCUCGCUUACACACACACGAUGCAUGGACAAAAAUCCUUACUCGUCACAACUCGCUAGUUAGAAGCGUCGCAGAGUAACAAAUAUUUGGAGGAAAAAAGAUGAUUGCAAAAUCUCGGGAAGAUUUCGGCGUAAAACACAAACUAACGAGCUCGUUUGCCAAAUAUGCCGUAGAGUGAUGGCAAAAAAAAGACAGCAAAACAAACCGACUCACUCAUCUGGGGGACAAACUGCACAUCAAUCUGCUCAAUAUUUACAGAAAUUAUUUGUUAAAUUUUGUGUUUGUUUACUUAAUAUUCAGCUGUUAUUUACUUUCCAAUUACAAGGGUCAAAAAUACUAAUAAGAAAUACAAAUUUGUAGUGUUUGAAAAGGUUUCUUGCAUUAUUAGUAUUAUAUAUUAUGAUUAAAUUAUGGCUGAAUUAGUCUUAAAAUAAUGCUGACAAUAUUGUUUGUUGGCAAAAAUGUGUGGGACAAUACAUUUGUUAUCGGUCCAGGCCUAAAUUGAUCUACAUAUUUCGGAAAUAAUUGUAUUUGUACUUAAAAAAAAAAAAAUAUAUAUAUAUAUAUAUAUAUAUAUAUAUAUAUGGUGUUCCUCUGCAUCACCAGAGGUGAAACACAAAAAAAUAGAAUAUCACGUCCUUGCCCAUUCAUUCCAGCAAAUCAACUUCAAAUGUGAAACUAAAAUGUGAUAUACAGUUCAGUUAUUACAUACAACGGGAAAUAUGUCAAGCUUUUAUUUAUUAAAAUUUUGAUAAUUAUUGUUUACAGUUUUUGAAAACCCCAAAUUUUCUGAAACGUUGACGUUUUCAUAAGCUGUAUGCUAUAAUCCAGUGGUCCCCAACAACCAAGUACCGGUCCGUGACGCAUUUCCUACCGGGCCACACAGAAACAUGAAUUAAUUUACUGUAUAAACUACCACAUUUUCUCCGAUUUAACUUUCGCUUGUACCAUUAAACACACCAAUAACCUUGUUAAAAGAUGUAUAUUACAAUUUCUUUAUAUAACAAUUUUACCAUUAUGAUGAGUUGAUUUUUUUCAUGGUCAUUUUUUUUUGCUGUUUUUAUCUGCCACAUUUGGAAAGCCGAUCCGUGAAAAUAAUGCAUACAUUAAACCGGUCCCUGGUAGGGAAAGAAAUGUUGGGUACCCCUGCUAUAAUCAUCAAAAUGAUAUAAAAAAAGUCUUGGAAUAUUUUGAGCCUAUGUCAAUAUUAGUUUCACCUUGUUAAUCCAAUUGCUGGAAAAAAGAACCUCUAAGUGAGUUUCACCUGUGCACAAUCCUUGCGUACCACCAAGUGGUCCUCGCAGCACAGAACCAUGUUUGUUGUUGCUCACUCAGAGCAGUUAAACAAUACUUUUUAUUACUAAUUGUAUUUUAAAUACAUUUUUAAAAAUAAUUUCAGAAUAUUUAAUUUGUAUAGUUCUAAGAUUUUAAUAGUUUUUUUUUCUGAGAGAACUGCCGAUAUAAUCAGCCGAUAAAUCCUUUAAAAUGUAAUAUCGUAAAUUAUCGGUAUAAGUUUCAAAAACAAAAAUUUAUGACUUUAAAACGCCGCUGUACGGAGUGGUACACGGACGUAGGGAGAAGUACAUAGCGCCAAAAAAUCUUAAAGGCAUUGCCUUUAUAAUAUCUACGGCAUUUCACACACCUAAGCGAAUGCAAAGCGUACUUGGUCAACAGCCAUACAGGUCACACUUAGGGUGGUCGUAUAAACAACAUUAACACUGUUACAAAUAUGCGCCACACUGUGAACCCACACCAAACAAGAAUGACAAAACAUUUCAGGAGAACAUCCUCACCGUAACACAACAGAACAAAUACCCAGAACCUUUGCAGCACUAUCUCUUCCGGGACGCUACAAGAUACAGUUGAUUUAUUUUGCAAAACCUUGUUACAUUGUUUAACGCAUCCAGCGGGGCAUCACAACAAAAUUAGGCAUAAUAAUGUGUUAAUUCCACGAUAUAUCGUAUAUAUAUCGGUAUCGGUUGAUAUCGGUAUUGGUAAUUAAGAGUUGGACAAUAUCGGCAAAAAAGCCAGUAUCGGACAUCUCUAGUGUAAACUAAUACUGUAUUUUCCGGACCAUAGGGCGCACCGGAUUAUAAGGAGCACUGCUGAUGAAUGGUCUAUUUUUGAUCUUUUUUCAUAUGUUAGGCGCACCGGAUUAUAGGGCGCAUUAAAGAAGUCAUAUAAUAUUUUUUUUUUUCUAAAUUGAAAUCACUUCCUUGUGGUCCACAUAACAUGUAAUGGUGGUUCUUUGGUCAAAAUGUUGCAUAGAUGAUGUUUUACAGAUCAUCUUCAAGCCGCUUUGUUAAUUUCACGACCGUAUAUAUCGGUAUCAGUUGAUAUCGGUAUCUGUAAUUAAGAGUUGGACAAUAUCGGAUACCGGCAAAAAAGCCAUUAUCGGACAUGUCGAAUUCGAUUUGUAUAGUUCUAAUAUUUUAAUUGGGUUUUUAUUCGAUCCCUUGGUGACAUUACUGUGUACCACUUUAUGGUACUGCCAGUUCUUUUUAGGCAACAGCGCCUCUGCUGGUCACAGCUCGUACUGCACCCAAUUGCUUCAAUCCCACAAACAAUUGAGGAAUCCACCAGUGUGCUCAUCCCUAGAAGACAGACCCAAACCAACUUUAAAGCUCAUUUAAACGGAUGAGAGACAUUGUUAACUGGUGUGCAUGUGUGUGUAAAAAGGUGUGCAGGUAUGCGUGUUGAACCAUUAUCACAACCCUGUGGUAGUUUUGUAACAAUAACUGUUUAACUCGACACGCUAUGCGUGCUAUUUAAGACGAGCAGAUACAAUAUGAAGACUUUUUCUCUUUUUUUUGUAAAGCGUGUUUUUAAAGUCACUGCCUCUGCAUUGGGAACCUGUUAGUGCACUCAGAGUCAUAUCCAUGUGUGGCUUUGGUUUAACCGUAGCAGUCUUCAAGGUUUCGUCCACCUCAGAAACUUCUGGAACAGGGUCUAAAUAGGGGACUUUGCGUCUAGCGGAUAAGCUAACGACAUACUGUAGAAGUGGGCGCGACGUGGCACUUGACCUUCAUUUCAACUCAGUAGCUCUUCUUUAUAACAUUUUCUCAUUCUCGCCAACCGAUAAGCUAGCCAGCCAAUAUAGCCUGCUAACGUCUAAACGCUACAUGAUCAUACCGUCCUCCAUCUUUGUUUGUGUCUUUUAGUAUUAGUCUGACGACAGUAUAAAACAAGCUGCCCGUCGACAUACGUAUUCUCCACAUGUUAGUGCUAACUGGACCCCCCAUUAUGUUUUUUACAUACACUUGUAAAGAUCAUAAUGUCAUGGCUGUCUUGGGUUUCCAAUCAUUUCUACAACUUUGUUGGUCACAAAAAAAAAACAUUCAUGAAGUUUGGUUCUUUUAUUAAUUUAUUAUGGGUCUACUGAAAAUGUGACCAAAUGUAUACGUACAGCAACAUACAUUAUCAAUGUUGGUGACGUAGAAAAGUUACAAUCAAAUCAAAUUAGCUCCUUGGCAUGGCUUCUCAACUUCACUCGGAAGUAUGACGAUCCUCCUGGUAGGGGUGUAUCCUUUUAUUGAGGAUGCCUGCGCGUGACUUUGUUUAAAGGCCUACUGAAAUUAGAUUUUUUUAUUGAAACGGGGAUAGCAGGUCCAUUCUAUGUGUCAUACUUGAUCAUUUCGCGAUAUUGCCAUAUUUUUGCUGAAAGGACUUAGUAGAGAACAUCCACGAUAAAGUGUGCAACUUUUGGUCGCUAAUAAAAAAGCCUUGCCUGUACGGGAAGUAGCAGACAAUGUGCGCGUGACGUCACUGGUUGUGGAGCUCCUCACAUCCUGACAUUGUUUAUAAUCAUGGCCACCAGCAGCGAGAGCGAUUCGGACCGAGAAAGCGACAAUUUCCCCAUUAAUUUGAGCGAGGAUGAAAGAUUAGUGGAUGAAGAUGGUGAGAGUGAAGGACUAGAAAGACAUUUUUUUUAAAAAAGGCACCGUAACACAACAGGACAAAUACCCAGAACCCCUUCCAACAUUAACUCUUCCGGGACGCUACAAUAUACACCAAAAAAGAGAAAGGGUGAGGCUUUUAAUCCCAGGAACACCAUUCAUAGUGUUAUGCAUGGGGGUGGUAGUAUUAUGCUCUGGGCCUGUUUUGCUGCCAAUGUAACUGGUGCUUUACAGAGAGUAAAUGGGAGAAUGAAAAAGGAGGAUUACCUCCAAAUUCUUCAGGACAACCUAAAAUCAUCAGCCCGGAGGUUGGGUCUUGGGUGCAGUUGGGUGUUCCAACAGGACAAUGACCCUCAAACACACGUCAAAAGUGGUAAAGGAAUGGCUAAAUCAGGCUAGAAUUAAGGUUUUAGAAUGGCCUUCCCAAAGUCCUGACUUAAACGUGUGGACAAUGCUGAAGAAACAAGUCAAUGUCAGAAAACCAACAAAUUUAACUGAACUGCACCAAUUUUGUCAAGAGGAGUGGUCAAAAAUUCAAGCAGAAGUUUGCCAAAAGCGCCUUAUUGCAAUGAAACUUGCCAAGGGACAUGUAACCAAAUAUUAACAUUGCUGUAUGUACACUUGGGGCGGUAUAGCUCGCUUGGUAGAGUGGCCGUGCCAGCAACUUGAGGUUUCCAGGUUUGAUCCCCGCUUCCGCCAUCCUAGUCACUACCGUCGUGUCCUUGGGCAAGACACUUUACCCACCUGCUCCCAGUGUCACGCACACUGCUUUAAAUAUAACUUAGAUAUUGGCUUUCACUAUGUAUAGCGCUUUGAGUCACUAGAGAAAAGCGCUAUAUAAAUAUAAUUCACUUCACUACUUUUGACCCAGCAGUUUUGGUCACAUUUUCAGUAGACUCAUAAUAAUUUCGUAAAAGAACCAAACUUCAUAAAUGUUUUUAUUUUGUGACCAACAAGUAUGUGCUCCAAUCACUCUAUCACAAAAAAUAAGAGUUGUAGAAAUGACUGGAAACUCAAGACUGCCAUGACAUUAUGUUCUUUACAAGUGUAUGUAAACUUUUGACCACGACUGUAUAUGUUUUCAGCCUUACAUGUUAGCUGUGAAAGAUAAUCCCGGUUGGUGUACAAUUACCACGCAGCACAUCUCGGUUUGCUCUUGCCCCCUCCAAUAUGGCGUCGACGUGUCUGUGUGGACGCCCACUUCCUUCAAUGCCAAAUGUUACAGUCCCUUCUUGCCUUCACUUCCUGUUGAAUCAGUGUCACUUCCUGCCACGUGAGCUGCUUGCGUAAAAAAGGUUGUUUUUUUUUUGUUUUAUAUACAUACUGUAUAUAUAUUCUCCACUUGUCAUAUUGGCAUUCGUGGAUGGAAUCCAAGCCGGCAACUAUUUUUUAUUCAAUUUUUAAAUCUUUUUUUGUUUUGUUUGUUUGUUUUCAACACUCAAUUGCGAUAUUUAUAUUUUUUGUAAUAUAAAGUGUUUUUUGUUGGUUUUUUUUUCUUUUCAUUAUUGUUGUGAUGCCAGUGGAUGACACAUGCAGGGAUUUUUAUUGUAAAAAACAAAACAAAAAAAACAACACUAUUACAGUUUAAUGUUUUGUCAUUAAUGGAGUUUUGAUCUGUAUAAAGUGCUUACUAAUGUUAAAUAGGAGAGAAGAUUAUAUAACAUUUUACACUACAGGUCUCAUCAUAGCUCUUAGAGGAUUUUUAAAUGGAAACAAAAAGCUAUCAGCGAUUUUUCCAGUCAGUCGGCGUGGACGUAAGCUGUUUUUGUUUGUUUGUUUUUUGUUUUUUCAGUUACAAAGAUAAAUGUAUGCCAUAUAAUUUAUUUAUAUGAAAAUUUAUUUUUGUAGUGUACAUAGUAGUUGUCAAGGCUAUUUGACAGAAGUAUAUUUUAAAGAGUUUAUAUGUAAUAAUAUUACAUUAUAACGUGAAAGGAGAGUUAAGAAAAAAAAAAGGUGCACACUUUUUGAUCUGAAAUCGUCUUCUCAGACAACAUCACCACCUCCCCUUCAGUAUUACACAGCUGUGUCAACGUGGAACAUUGUACUAGCUCGCAAAAUAUUCAAUAUGUUCAAACACUGAUAGAAAUCUAACAAAUAUUAAGAAUAUAACUUAUUUGUGUCUUUGUUCAUAACUUUAAUAAAAUACAAAAAAAAUGGAAUUGCAA